AUGUCUUACCUUUCAGGACUUCAUCAGCGAUCGUUUCAAGUCGAAAAGCUAGUCGGGAGAGACGUGAAAGCACAACCUGGCAUGCAAGUUCUGAUAGCAAAACGGUACCAACAAGAUGCUUGGAUGAAGGACGAGUCCGGAGGAAGAGGAGGUAGGAUCAUCAAAGUGGAUUUGGAUAGACCCGGUAUGUGUCAGGUAUGUUGGGAUAGGUUGGAUGGAAAGGAAUGGGAGUCAAUACCGAAGGAAUCGGAGCUUCUAAGAAAAUACUCAGGAUGGUACAAGAUUGGGCACAACAAUGUAUUUCACCUUGAAUAUAUUCCGCCGGAAGAGAAGCACGAAAAGAAGGAUGAUAACAAAAAGGUUCUUGUGGACCAAGACAUGCAAACGCAGGUCAUUUUUAAUGAAUCAAUUGAUGACGAAUCAUCUAUUGACGAUGCCCAAGACGUCAAAGAACUUUCCUUGAAGCGAGACGGUCUGAGCCAGACAUUGAACCUUCUUGUUUACAAGAUCAAAGAUCAGCUCAAAGCCAUGUUAGAUGAAUGCUCCGAGCUCCUGGGGCAAGCAGAAAACGAAAUCCAACAGAUGGCCUCUGGUUUGAAACUUGACCUUGACCCUGCGAAAAUUAAAUCAACAGCGUCAACUGGUACUCAAGUUCAAUCCAAUUCGUUACCUAUGAGCCAAGAAGAAAGCAAUAUCACUGAAGAAGUAGAGAAAAUCUGGAAAGCUAUCUCGGAGUCAGAACUUGCGUUCAAGACGAAGUUGAAAGCAGACGAAGAUUUUCAAAACUCUUUGACUCAACUGAAAACCCUCACAGAGCCUGUCUACUUGACCAUGUCUGUUCUUCAGCUCCCUGAGCUUUGCAGGAAACUAGAGAAGAUUGGAAUGGGAGGAGCUGAAGGAAGGGUCCUGGUAGCUGGAAGCUGGGUAGCUCCCAUGUCUAAACUACAUCGAGACUCGGAGAAUCCAGAUAAUCUCAUCGAGGUCCGAAACAGACUUUCUAAUGUUCUUGCAAAGUUGAAUGACAUGAUGUAUCGAGAAGACAAGGAACACAGACCAAAACUGAUUGAACUCUUACUGAACAGUGCGGACGACACAACGAUCCAGGAAAUCAUCGAUGAGAUCAACGAAUUGGCAGAUAUGCCCGAGGCUUCUCGAUCUAAAGAUGAUCUUCUGUCUAUUGCAAAAAUAUUAGAGGAGAAUGCAGAAGCUUUUCAAGAGUUGAAAGAAUGGGAAGAAGGAGGUGAAGAAGUGGAGGAUCUUGAUGCAUACAAGUCCCGAAAAACUGCACGUACUGAAAUACUUGGGAAAAUCUUUAAGGCAAGCUCAAAGGAUAUUCCUGAAUUUCUUGGGCUGCAAGAAGUUCAGGUCUCGAAUGAACUUGGACCAUACUAUGACAUUGAAGACAUGUGCGGAGGGAUCAAGCUAGCCGAGAUGCUCGAAAUGCAUACAAAGUUGGGAAGAAAUGUAAUUCAGACGCUGCUACUUCGCAGAGAAGAACUCGUCAACAGGGCAUUGGCUGAGCAGAAGAAGGAAGCUCAUUCUGAAGAAAAGGAGGUGCAGACGAUGAAGAAUCCAGAAAAUGAGUAUUACAAUGGCAGACUUACCACGUCAGAUGUCAAUCCUGCAAUAGAUGAUUCAAUCACAGCAGCCAUGACGAUGGGCGAUUUUGACAUAUUGAAAGUUAGAUCAUUUCUAAGUGCGGCAUUUGAAAUAUGCAGCCGGAUAGACCUGCUUCAGUACUUUGAGAAUACGGGGAUGUCUGACCUUCAAGCCAAAAUAGAAAAUGUAGUGCUGAAUGCAAGCGUAAAAUCCUACGAUACGAUGGAAAGCGAACUUCAACAACUGGUAUCCCAGGAAUCUGCCACCUUCAAGGAUCUGUUUGAAUAUGCGAGCAUCGAAGAGUGGCAGAUCCCAAGAUGUAUCAUACAAAAGAUCAAGACGGAGCGAUUGCAUAGCAUGCUCUGUGUUCUGGAAGAUAGAUACUUGGAAAUGGCACAGAAGCUGAUGAAGAAUGCAGAAAAAGGACAAAUCCACACAUUCAAGGGAGAGUUGCUCAGGAACGCAGGAGUAGCACAUCAUACUCUCGAACAAGCGAAGAAGGCACUGGAUCUAGGACUGUCCGCAAAGACUUUGAGAUCUGAGCAUGAGACCAGACAAAGCAGAAGGCAAAAUUUCCGUUUAAAGAAGCUUGCGAUUGAACAGGCUCAGAGAUUGAUUGAAGAGGCUGAGCACAUUGUUGAAGAAGCUGAAAACAAGCUUGCAAGGUUAGUGACAUGA